GAACUAUGUCAGUUGACGUUUUCUCCCUUUCGUUGGCCUUUGCAGCAGAACUCGGGACCUCUGCAGCAGCAGAGGCGUCGGCAGCCACCUCCUUGAGACCUCCUUGCUCACCAUCUAAGUAAGCAAGUAGCUGCAGAUGCUGAGCCAGCUUGGACCACUUCGUUAAGAAGCCAGACGUUGGGAGGCCAUGGGCUGGGCACGCAGGCCUGCACCUGAGCAGCACAGGCAUUGUGAAGGAUGCAUCAACCGCCACUGUCAUGUUCCGGUGGAACCCAGCGUCUCCUGCCCGGUGAUAAGCUGCCACCUGCUCUGUGGCGCUACCUUCCACAUGUGCAAAGAGGCAGAGCACGCACUCCUCUGCCCUCUAGAGCAGGUUCCGUGCCUCAACUCGGAGUAUGGCUGCCCGCUCUCCAUGGCACGCCACAAGCUGGCUAAGCACCUGCAAGUGUGCCCCGCCAGCGUGGUCUGCUGCUCCAUGGAAUGGAACCGCUGGCCCAAUGUGGAUUCAGAAACGGUCCUUCAUGAGAACAUCAUGAAAGAGAUCCCCAACGAGGAAUGUCUGGACACUGCCCUGGCCCUCCAGGACCAGAAUGUUCUCUUCAGGUCUUUGAAAAUGGUAGAGCUUUUCCCAGAGGCCAGAGAUGCCACCGAGGAGGAGCCAGCCAUGAAUGGUGACACCAGUUGGGAGGAGACCGGAGGUGCGGUGGGGGGCGUGGAUGCCAGGCCAGUACCACACUGUUGUCUGCCAGCAACCAAUGGGCAAAUGAUGGAACUCAGUCAGGAGGAACGAGAUGCACUGGCGAAAACCAAAGAAGGGAUGGACCUGGCCAAGUUUGGCAAGUGGGAAAGUAUGUUCAGCAAGGAGCAUGCAGCCUCGGUUUUAACGGGUUCCUCGGGGAAGAGCGCAGACGAGUGUGGGAACGUGACUGUGAGAGAGCCGUGUUCCCGUAAUGGUAGCAUGGGUGAUGCAGAGGCAUCUCCAGGAGAAAGAGAAUCACAGGAAAGCCCGCAGCCCCAGGAUCUUCCCGCUGCCUUGGAGAUGACAGGGCUUGCCCCCUGGCAGGAUGGCGUUCUAGAAAGACUAAAAACGGCCGUAGAUGCCAAAGACUAUAACAUGUAUCUGGUGCACAAUGGGCGGAUGCUCAUCCACUUCGGGCAGAUGCCAGCUUGUACGCCCAAGGAGAGAGACUUUGUUUACGGCAACCUCGAGGCUCAAGAGGUGAAAACGGUUUACACCUUCAAAAUUCCUGUGAGCUACUGUGGGAAGAGAGCUCGCCUGGGAGAUGCCAUGUUGAGGUGCAGACCAAGUGAACACAAAGCCGUGGACACUUCCGAUUUGGGCGUCUGUGUGGGAGACCUGCCCAAAUCCGAUCUCAUCAAGACCACCCUCCAGUGUGCUUUGGAAAGAGAACUCAAAGGCCAUGUCAUCUCGGAAUCCAGGAGCAUCGAUGGGCUCUUUAUGGACCUCGCCACCCAAACAUACAACUUUGAGCCAGAGCAGUUUUCCUCAGAGACAGUGUUGGCUGAUGUCCUAAGCACUGCCCAAGCCACAGGCCUGCACGUGGAACUCCACAGUGAGUGCGUGACCCGGAGACACAAUAAAAGCAGCUCGGCCUUCACGUUCACCUGCAACAAAUUCUUCCGGAGGGAUGAAUUUCCCCUGCACUUCAAGAACGUCCACACAGACAUUCAGUCAUGUCUCAACGGCUGGUUCCAACAUCGAUGCCCUCUCGCCUACUUGGGAUGUACCUUUGUCCAAAAUCACUUCCGCCCCCCUGGACAAAAAGCAAAAGUGAUCUAUAGCCAGGAACUGAAGACUUUUGCCAUCAAGCCAGAGGUUGCUCCGGAGCUGAGUGAGGGAUGGAAGAGUGACCAGCUCUUGGGCCAUAGUAGGAAAAGCCGGAAUUCUCUAACCAGUCUGCCCCUGGAAGUUUUGCAAUACAUUGCUGGGUUUCUGGACAGCGUCAGCCUGGCCCAGCUCUCCCAGGUAUCGGUGCUGAUGAGGAACAUCUGUGCCACGUUGUUGCAAGAGAGAGGGAUGGUGCUCUUGCAAUGGAAAAAGAAGAGGUAUUCUCAUGGAGGCUCCUCCUGGAAAGUCCACAGUCAGAUCUGGCAGUUCAGCAGCCUCUUCUCCAAAAUCAAGAGCUGGGAGUUUAACGAAGUCACCUCCAUGUCUGAACACCUGAAAACCUGUCCUUUCAAUGUCGUGGAGCACAGGACUGACCCGAUCCGUUUGACCAGCAUGUGUCAGUCCCAAGAGCAGACCCGGGAGAGUUUGGUGUCCAUGUUUAGGGCCCGAGCACGGGGUAGACACACCUAAAGAUCUGCAUGCCACUGCUCCUGGCUUCUCGGGGCAACUGAAAGUGGGACACUGCGGGUUGAGAACAUCCCUCUGAAACCCACAUAUCUGCUUCACUGGGUCGUGAGAAUGUGUGAAAUCCUUCAGACCUUAGCAACUGCACUAGGGCACUAGCUUUCUGAGCUACGGCUUGUAUGAUGGUGCCCCAUUUUUGCCUUAUCUUAGUUCUUUUCAUUUCCUAAAAUAGGUCAGUCUGAGAGAAAAUAAGUAACUUAAGGCCAUUUGAAAAAUGAACCCAUCCUUAGUCGACUAGAGAACCAGGAAAUUCUGUAACCAUCAUAGACUAGUGAUUCUCCAUUGUGCUAUCUAGUUUACAAACCACCUUCAAGUUCUUGGAGCAGGCAAUAUGGUGACAGGGUCUGAGGUGCAAUGGCCUCCCAGGGUAUCCUAGGUAGCGGGAACCCAACUGGAAGGUUCUAGAGCAUGGUCUUUCUUGAGAGUCAAGGGCCAUUUAGUAACUCUACUGCAUCAAAGCCCAAAUGGUUCCAACACAACCCAGCAGGACGGACCACACUGGGUGAGCACAGCUAUUUCAAGGACACCACAGGCCAAAGCAAAACAGUCAGGUGUGUAGUGUCUUGUGUAAGAAAGUCCUUAAAAUGAAGGAAAGGCCAAAGGUCUCCGAGAACAAAGUCACUCCUGGUUGACAGCCACUGUCCUCAAGGAUACUACACCAGCAAUGCUCCCCUUUUAGUGGGACAAAUCAGAUCUCAUGGAGCUACUCAGUGGCCAUAAUUCAAUGCGACACUUACUUGUUUACAAAAUAAGUUUUAAAGAUGUGGUGAUCCUAAAUUGAAAAUCACAUGGAACUGAUCUACUCAAUAUGGCUUUGAGUCCUCUGGCCACAAUGAAAGAAUAUACUCUCCCUCCCUGGCCUAUUUAAGGAAACUGGAAACCUGGAACCAGAAAAGUAAUUUAUCUUAGGUUAAGUUGCUAUUCCCUUAAGAGGUGCCAUUUUCCAACAAUCCUAGAAGUUCUCAAGCUAAUGGAAAACAAGACAAAGGGAGGCCAGAAAUCACAGGGCACUGGCCAGGCAGCACAGGGAACCACCAGCCAAGAAUCCAAAUAAUGAAGGAGACUUGCCAACCUGUGAGCUUGUUGUCUGGGCAUCUGUUUGUCUGACCAUGGUUCGGAACAGUGCAGAUGAAGGAGCUGGUGCAGAUGAAGGAGCUGGUGCAGACGAAGAAGCUGGUACCUCUGCAAGGAGUCAGGCAGGCAGCAACAGAGCAAGCCCAAACUGAAAGUGUGCUCACUCCUCUCAUCCCAUUGUUAGCACGAUGCUAGGCCUCCUAAUCUUUAUAGUUUGGUUCAGAUUUCACCAUUUUUUUUUGCGAGUCAUUUUCUAAAACUGUAUCUAGAGUGUUCUCUGAUACUUUGUUCAGUGAAGAUGAGUAACUGAAAACAGCUAAACAAUGAAGAAGGCAAAAAGAAAGCCAGUUCUUCAGGCAUCAGUUCUGGCUUCUUCCCACGCAGUGGAAUGGAGUUCCCAAAGCCCUCUCAGGGUUUCUUAUUAGAGAAGGAGAACUACAGAUCUUGGACAAACCCAGAAUGAGCCAGAAGCUGCAGAGAGACAGAGAGGCCACAGGACUCUGACCCGAUAACACGCACUGCUGGAGGCAACCUGGCCAAGGAGAGCAGUCAGGGCACCCACCCUGAUUGGGGUGUGGAUAGUUCAGCCACAUGUUCCCCCACCAAUUCCUGUCUCAGAGCAGUACAUCUGAGAUGACAUGAUCAAACAUUUUAUAAGGGAAUUCAUUGUUUAUGUUAAAGGAAAUCAAGAUACCCCAGGAAUUCCCUGAUCCCUAGAGAUACACUCACUUAGUAAGAAGACGGAAGACAUAGCAAAAAGGACCUUUUCAGAGGCACUGGGCUUGAUGCAAGGCUUAAGUUUUAAGCAGCAACUGAGGAGGGUGAAGAGGGAUGUAUCGCAAGCAUAGAGCCUAGGCAGGAAGACAUCCCUGAGCAGAGUCCUUCGAUGAAAGGCAACUGAGAGGUGGAAAGUAAUAGAAUGUGGGGGAGGGGGAUAGAAUAGAGCCACAAAUGACUUGUUCCCUGAGCAGCAUAGGGACUUGAGAAGGAAACUUAUCGAAGCAGGAAAGGUCAAAUGGGAAGCAAGAAGAGAAUUAGAGGGAGAUUUACAGCAACAGCACUGCACAAGUCUAAUGUAUGUGCGAUGCCAAAUCAAACUGAAAUGGAGAACGCGGUUUUCUGCAUCUAUGGUGACUGACUUCACAUGUACACCAGCAACCCCAGGGUCUCUCUAUUGGGAAAUAAAAGCUGCUUUGUACUCUGAAAGGAGUUGUGGAAAUUUAA